AUGUCGUCGUCUAGUCAGUCAACCACCAAUCAUAUGUUUAAUGAAAUGCAGUAUUCCACGAUAAAUGGCGGAGAGUUCUACAACGUCGGCCAUGACCUUGUUCGAAAUUUUCAUGCUACGGCCGCCAAUCCUCAUAAAACUCUAUGGGAUGCAAUUGCUGGCGUUGGAGCUUCCUACAAUUCCGCCUUGCAGUUUGAUCGCGGCAACUGUCUUCCUGGAACCCAAAAAGCAGUUCUACGAGAUAUCCAUGAAUGGAGCAUCUCUGGAAGUGAUUCUCCACCCAUAUGCUGGCUUUCUGGAACUGCAGGUGUAGGAAAGUCGGCCAUUGCACUGACAGUUGCUAAAUCAUGCGCUGAAAACAAUCGCCUUGCAGCCUCUUUUUUCUUCUUCAGAUCCGACCCCAAGCGCAACAACCCAUCCUCCCUCAUGCUGACAAUCGCGCACGGUCUCGUUACCACGAUACCAUCGCUGCGCCCUAUCAUUCAUGGCAAGAUCACCACUGAUCCCAGGAUCUUGGAAGCCACUUUGGAAGAACAAUUCAGAGAGCUCGUUGUCUCUCCGUUAUUGAAUGUCUCCCCAUCAUCGAAAAGGAGAUGGUGGAUACCGAGAUGGGGACAGAGAUGGGGACGGAGUCUGAGAUGGCGGAGACAGGUGCCAGAGCAACCAUUGCCUUAG